AUGGUGGUUACUGUCAAAGAAAACUCUCCCCCAGCACCAAAAAUACGCCACUUUACCUUCACCAUUGACAACACCGAAACUAUUUCCACCACCUUCACUUCCCACCCAGGCGCCGCACGCGACAGGCUCCACCGCGCUCUCCACCAAAACCGCCGUUAUCGCAGCAACCUCGUCAUUGGCCUCGGUGUUCAGUGGACCCCACCCAACCUCUCCUUCGUUAAAAGUCCCGCUGCUACCAUCCAGCUUUGCAUAGGCCGCCACUGCCUCGUCUUCCACCUCCACCACUCUGGCUCUGUCCCCCGCAUCCUCCGCCGCAUCCUUGCCAACCCUCGCAUCACGUUUGUCGGUCUCUGGUGCCACUCAGACGCUGCAAAGCUUCGCGAUUGUAAACACAAUCUGGAUAUGAUUCCCGGCAUGCCGAUGGAUCUUAGGAUUCAUGUGGCAAACCGCCAUGGGAGGUGGCUUAAAGGUGCUUCGAUUGAAAAUAUUGCUGAAGAAGUUCUUGGGCUAAGCAUAGUGAAGGAUCUGGAAAUUGCAAGGAGUGACUGGGAGGUUGAAGAGCUCAGUAUUAAUCAAAUUGGUCAAGCUGCUGUUGAUGCCUUUGUUGCUUUUGCUAUUGGUAUGGAUGUUGGAGCUUGGAAUUUCAACACUUAUCUUUAA